CGGAAGGAGAGAUGGGGGGUGACGGGUGAGAGGAGGAGACGCCUAUGGACAUCACUUCUAAAGCGAUGCCUGUGCUCGAGUUCGGGCGUGACAGUAUGAGCAGGCAGCGCAUGCUUGCGCUCACCAACCUUGGCGUCCUGACAUCCACGAGCGGUGGCGGUGGCGGGACGGCUCGUGCGCAAGGAGUUUCGUCCGGUGGCAUUCCGCCGCAGAGGGUCGUGGGUUCUGCAUCCACCAUCGCAUCCGUGUCCGAGCGCGGCAGAAAAGCUCCGGUAGGUGAGUCUCCAUCGCGCCACGUGGAGGCAUCGAACCCGACGAUCGUCGCCGCUUCACCGAGGGAUGUGCUUCAAUCCGCACAAGCAGCGAGCGCCGCUGGUCAUGCCGCCGUCGUCGGUGUUGGAGAAAGGCGAGAAAAUAGGAGGGUGGAAUAGGCGGGGAGAAAACAGGAGAGGAGGGAGGAGACUCCGCGCGAGGAAGAAGAGGACGACCAGCCUCUGAGUGCGAGAAAG